UAAAUAUGUCAGGAACGAUUCAAAACAAUAAGUUAGGUGACAUACAGCACCAGUGACUUGAAAACCCAGCAAUUACCUUGUGGAACGCGCGCGGCCACACCGAAGCGCGGGCUCACUAAACGCUUCGGCAUUUUCGCACAUCGGCACUACGUUCACGUUAAUUGCAGCGGCAUCAUUUUUGCUUGAUUUUGAAGGAUUUUUUUUGGUGAAAAAAGAGACAAAAGCGCUUGGCUUGGUGCGCCCAAUGGGUUAUAUGUUCCCUUCGCUAGGCAACCGAUGAGUUUAUCACAUUUUUCGUGACUAACUUUUGCGAAACGCGGCGCAGUUCACAUAUUGCACAUCGAGCGACGCACAUGAGAAGUGAAACAUGGAGGACAUAGAAUAUCUAGACGAGUACAAAGACUUGGUGCUGCCAGGGAUCAAAUCAGGUGCUCCACCAGCUAACUCUGCCGGCGGCUCGCGGCAGCGUCGCAUUUCGUCAGACUCGAGCAACUCGUCGUCGAUUGAUGCGGACAUUUUCCAGAAGCUGUUCCCCGGCAAGUACCUAGACGACGAGUUGUUCAAUGAGGGUUCAGGCUCAAAGCCCCAGGACAGGCGUCGCCGGUCCCCGUCACCCUUCUCCUCCAGCGACGAAUCCAACGAUGCCCUUGAAGCGCUUUUUAGCCGGAAGAGCAGCAAAUCCAAGCCGAUUAGGAGGCGCGAGCGCUACGAGUCCUUCGAUUCUGUGGAUGACCUGGGCGAAGCCCUAAUGCGUCCCUCGCAGAGGUCGACUGUACCCAAGCCCAGUACCUCCCAGGCAGGUGCCAGAAAAUCCCUCGGCGAAGCCCCACAUAAAAGCCACAGCAGCAGCAGUAGCAGCAAUUUUGCCAGGAAGUCACUGGCUCCUCCCUCAGCCAAAACUGCUGGUAAUCGUAGCCCAAAUGCUGGGAGCAGAAAUUCCACCUCUGCAGCAACCAAGUCGUCAGGAUCUAUAAAUGGCAGUAGUCUGGCAUCCGCCAAAAAUAAGACAGUUACCAUCAUAAAGGCCCAGAAAACAGAUCUGACGCCUCCGCAGCACGAGCCAAAAACAGAUCCCUUAACCUUGGGAGGUUUAUAUAGUGACUCAGACAGCGAUUCGUCCUACGAAUACGAAUCAGACUUUUAUGGCGAUCGCGACUCGGAGGACGAGGAUGCCGAACCGGUGAUCGAUAUUUCAACGGACACAAGCAGGACCACAUCGGUGGCGGACACUGUGACACCUGUUGUUUCCGACGACGAGGGCCAGGAGCCGCAGAUGGAGCAGAAUACGCGUCCUGAGAGUGAUCAGGACUCUGUUUUGAACUGCGUCUAUGAGCGCCUGCAGUUGUACUUGAGUAAUCUCAGUUGCGCCGAGGCGCCGCCAAUCUAUAAGAAACAGAAUAGCGCUAGGAAAUCCCGCUCCAACGAAAAAAAACCCUCUUCCUCCGAACAGGUUAAGCAUGCUAAUAAGCGAUCAGCGGCCAGUGACAAGGAGGAGGCGGAGGAAAUGGAGCGGGAUCUAGAGCUGGAGCCACCAGAGGCCAGCAGCAGUGCCAAAUCCUCGGCCAGUAAGGCCAGCGCCAGUCGAAAGCUGUACGACGUGGAUGACAAUGUCACGCUUGAGGCGGUGGAGCGCAUGAGCCUUGACCUGGCCGAGCAGAUAUUGGAGAUCGAAGUGGAGCGCUCGUACGAGUUCGAAAAGCGAUCUGGAUCAAAGCCGCGCAGCAGAUCAAGAUCCAAGAUCCCAGCGGAUUCGGACAAGAGCCACGUGCGCAAGCUCACGUACUCCAGCGAACGACUGGAUAACCCUGAACCUUCGGGGACCAAGCUGCGGCGGUCGAAGAGCGAGUCUUUCCCUAAGCAAGGACGCUCUCGGAGCCAAAAGCAGCGUAAAAGUAGAGCUGCCACAACGGAGGAAACGACUCUUAACGCCCGUGAAGGGGAAGAACUUUCGGUCAAAAAGAAACGCGGAAGGCCUCGUAAAAAUGUUCCAAAAGAGGAGACGCCAAAGGACGGGGCUGCUGAAAGUCCAACCGAAAGCUUGGAAAAAGAUAUUCCUCUCUCAACGGAAGCGAGCGAAGCAGAACCGACAAAGGAGAAGGUCAAUUUGGAAGAAGCACUAGAGCAGGAUGAAUUAAACACAGAGUUAGACAAAGCCAAAGAGUUUACAGGAUUUGAAAACUUACCCCAGAAUGAUACUAACACUAAAACGGAUCUCAAAAGUGCCCCGGACUUGGAUGUUCAGCUGGAUGAAGAGCCUGCUGGGAAUAAGGACAAAGAACCGCUUCCUACACUUGACACAUCUACCGAUACAUUUGAUACCGCUCAGGAUCACGGCGAAACUAGCGAAAGCCUAAAUGAAUUGGAAGAUAAAGAUUUAAUUUCACGAAAAGAGGAUACUCAGAAGGACUCUGCCAUUAAAAAUAUAGAGCACUGCAAUGAUGAUGUAAUAAAGGAAAUUACUAAUAUACAAAAUGCAAUUGAAGAUACUGAAGCAGUUGAACUACCAGCUGUACUUGCAAGUGCUAAUAUAAAGGCAGUGGAGGCCUCUGGAAACAUACUUGAGGAAAGCGAUUCCCAGCUGGCUGAGGACAUAAAAUUGGCUGAAGAGAUCUUGGCAGCUGAAGCUGGAAAAGGAGUUGAAGUAAAUGAGGUAUCAGUCGCAUCAGUAGAGGGAGCACAAAAUCCUGUAAUCGAUAUUGUCAAAGAGCUGGAGCUGGAAACCAUUUCAGAAGCCGUAUCAAUACCAAAAACACACAGCCAGAUGGACGAAAUUUUACCGGUCGAAGAACAAACUAUAUCUGAUGAACAAAGUCCAGAGGAGAAACAGACUUCAGUUGAUAAACAGCCUCCGGUUAAGAAACAGACUUCAGAUGAUAAACAGACUUCAGUUGCAGAACUAACUCCUACUGAGGAUGAACAACCUGAUGAGAACCAAUCUUCUACUCCUGUGGAUGAGAAGCAUUCUGAACCCAAAGAGGAAUCGCCUACCGCGAAAGAGCAAAAACCUGACGAGGAGCAAGACCAAGCUCCUACGGAUGAGCCAUUGCAAUCAUCUGAAGUUCCUCCAAGCCUAGUUUCUCCAACUAAGAAACAAAACCCCUCUUCGCCAGCUAACACGCCCAUUAAAUCGAGAGAGCUCGAAGCUCUGGAAAAUUCCGUUGUAAGAAGAGCACUUAGGUCAGAUAAGGUAACUCCUCAGAAGCAACGGGUAGGUCGAUCCAAGAUAAUUCGGAGAAAAGAUCUUGCUCUACUUGUGGAUGAGUCAUCGAGACGAAGCAGUCCAAGACUUGGAAAAUCGCCAGGAGAAAGCCAUUCCUCACAAGAACGCUCUCCGGCGGAAAGAAAAGUGACAACUUCCAAGUUGGCCAUAGAAAAGAAAACUGCAGAAAAGAAGGAGGUGGUAGAGGGAAAAUCCCAUCCAGCUGAGACUGUAAAUGAAAAGGCUGUAAAGGAUGCUAAUAUAACUGAAGACAAUCUAGUUGCAGAUACUUCCCAACUGGUAGAAGACAAACAAAGCUCUAGUGAGACUGAAAUGAAGAAGGCAAAGGGUAGGCAACUAAAGUCGAAAAAAUCCAGAAGAACCCAUGGAGUAGAAAGUAAAGGAGCAACUGCCGAUGUAAGCGAUGAGAUUCCUUCUACUUCAAAACGUGCUGAAGAAUAUUCAACUUCAAGCGAGUCAGAGCAAAAAGACGAAAGGGAAAAUUUAUCACCUCCAGAACCCGCAGAAGAUGAUACCAAAUCGGAUUUAGAACCGCCCAAAGCGCGAGAAACUGAUACGGUAAAGGUUAAAGAAAAACCCUCCAAUCGCAGAAAAUCCCGAAAAGAAAAGGAAAAAGGCAAACCUGAUAGCGAUACGCCUUCUGACCAUGUUGACGCAAAAAGUGACGAGAAUCCAUCUAGAACUGUCGCUGAUAAAGAAGAGCGAGCUUCUGGCAGAUUGAGUCGAAGAGACAAGGCGAUAAAUGAGGCGGCCAAAUCCCUGCACGACGAAAUUCUAUCUGCCAAAUCUGAGGCUACUGGAAGAAGAGUUGUUUCAAAAGAGAAGCUUUCCAAAAAAGAUCUGGCCGAAGAACAGUCUAAAAGGUCAUUAGAAGCCAGUAAGGAAAAGAAGGCAAAAUCAAAAAUCGAGACGAAAACCAUUGAAAUAUGUAUGAAAGAAAGUGACAGUGACAAGCAAAUCAAUGAAAGUGACAAGCAAACCAAUGAAAGUGACAAGCAAACAAAUGACAGUACAAGUCAAAAGGAAUCAGAUCCUGAGACACUAUCUUCACAAGCCACAUCAAAGCAAAAUAUGCAAGAGCCGGAGAUUAAAUUGGACACAAUAAAAGACGUUCCGUCGGACGCAGAAUUGGUUCCAAUAGCAAAAGACUCUGCACAUGAUUUCGCUAGUGAGAGUGAUGAUAAAAAACCCAAUGAGAAAAUUGACAAGUCUGAUCAAGAGGAGCAAUCAGAGUUAACGGAAAGCGAUACCCCUUCAUCUUCGGAAUGUGCUACAGUCGUACAGGACUCUGAACCAAUUUUAAAGGACUCUUCACAGGAUUCAAUCGAGUCCAAUGUUUUAAAAGUAAAGCCCAAGAAUAAGGGUAAAAGGGAAGAUAGGAAACUCAAUAAAAGCAUUGCCGAUUUUAAUAAGGAAAAGGAUUCGCAGCAGAGUACGGAAACGGUUCAACCAACAUCUUCUGCGUCGGAUGCUCCCGUUGAAAAAACGGAAAAAUUAAAGGAAAAUCCAAAAGUCUCUGGUAUAGAAAGUGGAAGGAUAAGAAAACGUAGGCAGGCAGUAACCAUUGAGGAUCCUGAAGAUACUGAGCUUAACGAAAAAGAUAAUCCUACCGUUUCUAGUCAACAGGGGCUUUUUGAGCCUGAACCUCAUUUUCAGAUUGGAAAAACACCAACAAAAACAUCCCUAAUGAGUUCGUCCUUAGAAGGUUCGGAAAAUAUGCCGAAACCGGACGAGCUGGAAACAACAUCUGAAGAACAACUUAAAAGCAAACCUGACCCAGAUCCAAGCGAAAUUCCAGCCGAAACUUAUACAGAAAGUCCGGUGACCAUUCUCCCGAGUACCUCAACGGAGAAAUCUCAAUUAGUUUUACCUACCACUCCGACAACAAGCAGCCAUCGAAACAAAAAGACCUUCAGUACAAAUAAAAGAUCUUCAAAAUCCAAACGUCGUGCUCCGAAAGUGGCUAGGAAGCCUGAUAACACUCAUGAGGAUAGUCCUAGCUUAGGUUCUGAAUCCUUGACCUCUACAAACCAAAAAGAACUGAGUACUCCAAAAGUCUCCUGUCGCAAGCUUCGCGUUCUGAUAAAAAGAACUCCCACUUCUAAUCUGCCAAAAAGCAAGAAAUCGUCCGUCCUGAAGAAAACUCAAUUUAAAACCAAACAAUUGAAGAAAAUUAUUGAGGAUAUCGAAGAAACUCCUCUUUCAGGGCAAGGGGAUAAUGAGACGGAAAUCACCGAAUCAAAUCCUGUGUCAGAUCCUGUUCAAAAAACUGUUCCCGUUCCAGAAACUACGCAAAUUCUAAAUAUUGAAGUUCCUAAAGAAACAAACGAGGAAGCGAAUAACGCCCCUGAGAAUGAACUUAGAGAUAAUCUAGAAGCAGAUCAGGACCAAGACUCUGAAAUUAAGGUUGCCGAUGGUGAGGAACCCAUCACAGAAGAAUCCAAUGGGGUCGUCCCAACAAAUGAGCCAACAGAGACUGCUCAUGUUGUACAGGAAUCCAAGAAUGAGGAAUUUAAUUCAUCAAGUGAAGAGGGGGAUAUCCCAAAAGAGGAACCACCCGAAGUGGACGUUGCAAGUGAUGAAUCACUAAAAGAUGAAAAUCAAGAAGAGGCACAACAAGACCUAGAACCUGAUGAUGAAGUCUUGCCUGAGGAAUCAUGUCCCGCAGUGGAGGACAUUGAAGCCAAGGAGUUCUCUAACUUUGAAUCGGUUGAAUCGCAACCGGAAACUGAUGUUACGGAUGAUGAAGAACCCGCUCAAAGCCCAAUCCCAGACUCAACGGAAACAACAAGUGUCACAGACGAACCCGAAGCCAGCACGUCCAGCGUGGUAAAGCGCAGCUUGCGCAAGCGGGAAGCGGAUUCCUCACAGCCAGAUGAAGCUGCUAAGCGAAAACUACGCCAAGAAAUGGAGAAGUCAGCAACUGACAGACGUGAGGUUCUUAAAACAGUUCGCCGUCGAAAUCUAGUGGAGGAAGAAGAGCGACCUGCCCUUAAACGCUCCAAAGUUGACAAUCAAAUCAAAACCAAUUCAAAGGCCAAAUUCAUCUCUAUUAUUGGUAAUGAGACCAUUAUGUCAUCCACGAAGCCGCCGGUUAAGGAAGCAAGAAGCGAACCGGUCAAGACAUCUUCAGCUGUAAGAAAGUCGGCGGUAAAGGAUUCAAAACACAUUGAGAUCACCAAGCACGUCAUACUAACCCCACCUACGAGAAAGCCGUUGAAGUCUAGUAGUCCUACUCCGACAGUCAAAAAGCCAUUGGUGCAGACCCUGCUGAGUUCCACUCUUAGUCUACAUAAACCCUCGUUGGGAGAAGAUGGUUCUCCUGUGACAACCAAGAAGUCUAUGAGCAAAUCGGAAGCCACAGAAAACAAGCCCGUCGAUCAGCCAGUACUCAGCAGCUCCAUUGUGGUGACCAAGAAAUCCUUGCCACCCAGUAAGACAACUGAAUCUCCAAAGAAGGAAGUAACGUCGGCUGUUCCAAGAAAGGUUAACAUAUCGGUUUCAGUGGUCCCUUCAAACGAAAAUCCAGCAGAGUCUUCUAACGCUACUGCUGCCACUCCCGAAACGUCACCAGUUUUGCCGCGAAAGAAACAGAUUGAAUCACUGAAAUCGUCGAAAAAAUUGGAGGCCAAUAAGAAAGCGGAGGUCAAAAAGAAGGCACUAUCACAAGGCUCUCAAAAUAAAUCCCUAAAGUCGGAGGAAUCUGCAGAACCAUUAAAGAAAUUGGCUUCUGCGCGAAAAGCACUUCCUGAAUCAGAAGCCCCAGAGAAAGCUGUAAGCAGGGCUACAGAAGGAUCUGUGUCAGAAUUCAGUAGCCGUAAAUCUCUCCCUCAAGUGGAUCGCUCCAAGAAAACCGCAGCCAGGAAAUCUGCAGGAGCUUCUUUAACUGCAACUGCUCGGGAACUACUUCCUGAACCAGAUGUCCCGAUGAAAGUUGAAGCUAGAAAAUCUGAAGGAGCUUCUUUGUCUGCAAAUGUUCGAAAAUUUUUUCUACAAAAAGGUGUUUCGAAGAAAACCGAAGCCCGGCAAUUGGAUGCUCCUCCUAAAAUUGCGUCGAACGAGGAAAUUGACAAGGCAGCCAAAGCCGAGGCAACAGGGCCAGUGGCCCGAGGUCGCGGCUCCUCCAAGAAAACUAAAUCCGAUCAGCGUAAGGCGAAACCCAAGCCAGAGUUUCCUUCCUCGGAGGCUGAAACUGCAUCUGAAUCGAGGGAUUCUUCUCGCGAUGACAGUGCGCGCGCAUCACGCUUGGAUAAAUAUGAUAAACCCGUGACAGUGCCCACACGCCAAUUUACCCUAAUUAAGUCGGUUCACAUGACACGAGCUGCCAGCACCAACAGAUCAUUGGCUCCGACGCCAACUCCUGUGCAGCCAAAUGCUUCCAAGGAGCUCUUUACGCCUGCUUCGGACCAAAAAUCACCGAUGAUGGAAUCCCAGACCUUCAGAAAGACUUUAAAGGGUCGUGGACGUGGUGGUCAAAAGGCCCAACGCGCUAUGAAAAGAAAGGCAGAAGAAGCUGCAGACGCUAAUGAAAUGGCCAAUUUUAAGCGACCCAGGGACGAAGAUCUCCCUCAGCAAAAUGAUCCUAGCCAGGAGACUGGAUUUGUUGCUUUUCCAGUGAAAAUAAGGGAUGUCGGUUUGCCUACGGUUGAUCCUCUAGCAGUUUCCCCAACGGCUAAACCAAGUCAGCAGAAAUCUAAGCUAAGAAAGGUUCGCGUUAAAAUCAACCGACGCGUCUUUAACAAAUGGCUUCGGGACAACAAGAACCGCGAGAAACAAGAAGCCUUUAAAAAAUUACCAUCACCACCACCAGCGACCUCGGAAACAGAUUCUGCGGGCGAGUCAAUGUUGCAGCCCCAAGAAGAACCGGUGACGGGUCUUAGGCCAUUACCUGUAUCCCAGCGCGAUGCUUGCUCAGAUCGGGCGCCAGGAUUGCCAGUAAAAAAAAUCACAACUGAGCUAGCCCCAACGGCAAUUCCAUCCGCUUCCGCAAAAGCCCAGAACGUAGCCCCGCCACCUAGACCAACCGUGAAAAAAACAGCUAUUUAUCCGCUGACUGAUAAACAUCUUCCCGACGGGGAAACGUUGGAAGGCAAUGCCAAGAAACUGGCGGAUCAGCGAAGGGUGCAAAUGUUUCACGCCAAGACAAUGCCACUUCCUGUCCCAAUUCCAGAGGUGAAAGCAGAGCCAGAAGAUGAUCCUCCGGAGGUCAUGGGAGAGGAUUCACUUAUUGUGCCAUUGCCAGUGGUUACUGCAGCGCCAGUAACACCGCAACCACUUUCGAUGGUUGAGGACAGUGGCCAAAACACUACUCAAGUCAACAAUGUGGUGGCUUCCACCUCCUCUGGCGCGAGUGUAUCCCAUUUGAUUCCUUCGGCCAGUGUGCCUGGUAAUCCCAAUUCCAUUGGCCAGACCAAGAUGUUCUCCUUCCUCUACCCAAUGCGCUACAAGCGAUGUUACAACAACGUGGGUCUGGACUUCUGCUGUCCAAAUCUGGAUGGACCAAUGCGAGCUAUUGAUUUCACGCGCUUGCACUCGACCGCUGAGGUACCGGUGUUGGAGAUUCCGCAGUUUCUGGUUAUCACCACAAAGUUCAUUUCCAAGGCGGAUAAGAAUAUUCCGAGUAAGGUGCGGGCUAAAUUGGAAACGCUGGGAAAAGCGAAGGGACGGGAACUCAGUAAACCAACUGUUACGGCUCCUACGCCCGCUACAGCUUUUCCACCAACUACCGCUCUUGUUGCUGCUCCUUCUCUUGACCCACCGAAUCCAUCCAAAUUCACUUCCGCUGUUUCCGCAGUAGCUUCAACUUCCCAGCCGCCUUCAACGACCUUAGAUUCUCUGGCCAAACAGUUGCCACGUGGCACGACGCUGACCCCAAAAGUUUUGCCAGCAGGGGCUGAAGUUCCGGCACCAGCCAGAUCCUCGAUGGUAACUAAUCCGCCACCGUCACUCAUCCAAUUGCCAGCGAUUUGCCCUACGGACAAACAGCGCGUGGAUCUGCAAGCAAAGGUUCAAGCCUUCGACCUGGUUCUCCAGAUUCUCAGCCGGCGGGUAGCCACCUUAACAGUGACCGAGAGACAGCGUACCAUCGAGGAGAUCGUGAGGAGCAGCUCGCUGAUGGCCAUCGAUGUAGAUGUCGGUACCAAGCUAUUGGAGAACUACGUGCACUACUUGAACGAGGCAACCGGCCCGAGUACGCUCUUGCCGCAGACCGAAAUCAACCCAGUGGUUACAAACUCGACUUCCACCGCUGCUAAUCUACCAAAAUCUAUCGCCACUACUAGCUCUACACUUUCCAAAAGUAUUGUGAGCUCCACCACCGCCACCGCCCCCUCCGUUACGCCAACUCAGGGGGCAAAGAAAACCGUGCAGCAUGUUCAACCGCGCAGCUCCCUACCCACCAGUAUUCCCCUGUACGAUGAGCACAAGAACAUCAUCGGCUUUCAGUGUCCCUCAAAAGGGAGAGGCAUACCACCGUCUGUGACACGAAAGGUCGCUCCAGCUGCCACCAGCACGCCUGUAAGGCCAUCCACAUCCUCAACUGCAGGGGUAGCAAAGGUGGAAUUGAGGUCCACGCAGGGAGGAAGGAAAAGUGUUGGAGGAAAAACAAUCCAGACUGUUAGUGUCAACACGACUAUGUCAGGGAACAAGCCAGCACCAGCAAAAAUAGUCGUCAGGAAGAAACCAGUGGCAUUGAGCACCGUAACAUCGAUUAAUCCUCCGGUAUCUGUGCAGAGACCCGUGCUAUGCAAGAAGAAAACCACGCCGAUAAGAACGGCCACUCAGACCAAGACCGCACCAACACCCGAUGCAACUGCAUCUACAUCGGAAGCUCCAACAAAACCAAAAGCGACUCCCAGCACAGUACCAGAUGCCGCUCCACUUGUAGCCACCGCCGGAAUGAGUCUCAGUAGCACCUCCAAUCCGAAUGUGUUUAUCAUCAACCAGGUCUCGCAGCCGGAGGAAAGCAUCCUGCCCGACUCAAACAAUGUCGUGGAGCCCAUGGAUGCGGAGAUCAAGGGCGAACUGGACGACUCUUCGGAGGCUAUCAUCUAGCGGAGUAAAGACUAUAAACCAGAUGGAAAGUAUUCUAAGUUACUUUAACACAGUUAAUUAAGAAGAGUUAAUUAUUUCGUUGAACGCAAGAACAGAAUUAUGUAAUUCUACUAAGAAGAAUUUGUUAAAACUAUCGACCAACCGGUAAUUUUUCUGAGAAUAAAUGGAUAAAAAAUGUAAA